GGGGCCGAGAGCCGGCACGCUCGGGACUCGGGCGCGGGCCAAUCACCGCUGCGCUACCAGAGGCGGCUGUGCCCGGCGAGCCAAUAGACGGGGGCGUUACUUGAUGCUGGCUGCGGUGGCGGCCUGACGAGAGGCGCGUUCCUGCCCUCACAUCCCGCCCGCAGCGGCGUGGCAGGGAAGCUCCGCACUGCGCGUUACUCAUGGCGCCCGGGGCGGCGGCGAGGCUUUAAACCACGCUCUUCCCCGGCUGCUCUGUGGCUCCCCGCAGCGGGCAGGGGAAGGCACGGGCACCGUCUUGAAAGCAGUGACACGCGCCCGGCCACAGCAGCAGGGUGGGCGGGGCAGCUCCGCAGGAGGGGCGCGCUUGAUCUCCGGCCCUCACUCCGGACCCUGGGCUGCCGGCGCCGCCCGAGUCCGCGGACUCUGCAGAGCCCUAACGCCAGAGCCCCUGUCCCAGCGCUUGCCCGCCUCGGCCGGGAGCUCCCGCGGCGGUGCGGGCUCCCCCGGAAGGGGCGGCGGCCCCGGCGAUGGCGGACGAGGCGCUGUUCCUGCUGCUGCACAGCGAGAUGGUGGCGGGGCUGUACCGCGCUGCCGAGCAGGGCGAAGGGGAGAACGGGCGCUGCACCACCAAGCUGGAGAGCAUGGGCUUCCGUGUCGGGCAGGGGCUCAUCGAGAGGUUUACAAAAGACACUGCCAGGUUCAAGGAUGAAUUAGAUAUUAUGAAGUUCAUUUGCAAAGAUUUUUGGACAACGGUAUUCAAAAAACAAAUAGAUAACCUAAGGACUAAUCACCAGGGUAUUUAUGUCCUUCAAGACAAUAAAUUUCGUCUCUUGACACAAAUGUCUGCAGGAAAGCAGUAUUUAGAACAUGCACCAAAGUAUUUAGCAUUCACCUGUGGACUAAUCAGAGGAGGCCUAUCAAAUCUGGGAAUAAAGAGUAUUGUAACAGCUGAAGUUUCAUCAAUGCCUGCAUGUAAAUUUCAGGUGAUGAUACAGAAGAUGUAGAGCACAUUCAAAUCUGGGUAUCUACUUUACAAAGCCUUUGUAUGUAGAUUCAGUAUCUUGGCUCAAUCUUGUAUAUAACAUGUAAAUUAUAGCAGUGUGCAGGAAAAUUCCAAAAUAUAUAAUAAAUGUUCAUCAAAAUAACUUAA